UAUUUAUGAUUGCCUCCAAUAUUGCCAUCACCCUAGAAACCAUUGCAGAGAAAGCCUCCACCAUGACAGACCACCUUCAAGUUCAACAACAGAAGUUGGAGCUACCGCCGGGGUUUAGGUUCCACCCAACGGAUGAGGAGAUCAUAAAAUUCUAUGUGGCCCCCAAGGUGCUCGAUGAAGCCUUCGUCGCUGCGGCGAUUGAGGAUGUGAACCUCAACAAGUACGAGCCAUGGGAGCUACCGGAGAAGGCGAAGAUGGGGGGAAAGGAGUGGUACUUUUACUGCCGAAAGGAUCGCAAGUACCCCACCGGGAUACGAACGAACCGGGCGACGAAUGCUGGCUAUUGGAAGGCCACCGGAAAGGACAAGGAGAUCUUCCACCCACCGCUCACACUCAUCGGCAUGAAGAAGACGCUCGUCUUCUACAAGGGCAGGGCGCCUAGGGGGGAGAAGACCAACUGGAUCAUGCAUGAGUAUAGGCUUGAGAGCAACAAGCAGCUAACUUCCAACCCGUCCACCGCAACCCGCACCGUCACCAUCACCAACGCGGCUUCCAAGGAACAGUGGGUGGUUUGUAGGAUCUUCCAUAAGAGCGCCGGACUGAAGAAGAUGGUGAUGCCGUCAUAUGUCAUGCCAAUGUCCAUCGGAGCGGAACAUCAGCAGGGGUUCGCCGACUUAGAUACAUUGCCUCCUCUCAUGGGCUAUGAGAUGUCGUCAUCGCUAGCAAAUCCAAUGUUGCUUCCUACAACUUCUCCAUACCAAUUGCGCGACAUCGGUGCUGGCUCAUCGAUAAUGGGUAUUUCAUGGUCGGGGCUACAUCAGCAGAUGAUGAUGUAUGCGGGUGCAGGUCGGGGUUUCAUGGUCGGGGCUGAGCCUGGGUGUGCGCCAUCGUCGAUGGUGUCACAGGAACAUGCUGUGACCGGGCUGAGCAACAACUACCAGGGGAACGCCGCCGCAACAGCAGUUGGCAAGACCUCAUCGAUGAACAUGGGUAUGGAUGACAUGUGGAAGUACUGAUGAUCCAAGACAACAUAGAUAUAUGUGCGUGCGUGCAUAAAUUAAUCAUCCAUCAGACGGUCGUUCGAUAUAUGGUGACCCGUAUAUUGGUUUUGCGCCGUAUUUAAUUUCUCAUUGUGGCCUCUAGAGAGUUUGCAUGCAGGCAUGCCUCUCUUGUGCUAGUUUUUCCAUUGUGUAUGUGUAUUGGCUUGUAUAUGCACUAUUCGCCGGGGUUUACCUGGCGAUAUAUGCAUGUGUUUUAAAAUACUGGCAGGUGUGCAUCAUGCAUCUUUUAAACCUAUAUAAA